CAAAAUAAAAUAUUGCUAUCCAACACGCCACUUAUCAACUCCUCCCUCAGCCUCAACCAUGAAAAUAUAAAAGAGAGGUAGCACCUCAUCUCUUCUCUCCCACAGUAAAUUAUAUCAAAAAUGAGUUGUACAAAAUAUGAAGGAGUUGACAUAUUUGAUUUUGUGAUCAAGAAAGCAAAUGGAAUAAAAGGCCUAGUAGACACAGGCCUUAAAAAUGUGCCAAAACAAUGCAUUCAGCCAGAAGAGCAAAGACUAGACAAAAACCAAUUACAAAUUGACAAUCAAGAAUCAAUCCCAACCAUUGAUCUGUCCAAUUGGGAUGAUGUAAAUGUUGCAAAAUCAAUUCAAGAAGCAGCCAGCAAAUGGGGUUUCUUCCAAAUAAUCAAUCAUGGGAUUCCAAUUGAAGUUGUUGAGAAUUUGAAGGAAGCUGGUCACAGGUUCUUUGAGUUACCAGCUGAAGAAAAAAUCAAGUAUUAUAAGGAAAAUGCUGGACCUGAUGAAUCUGUGCUCAUGUUUUGGAGUGCAAUAGGUGAGAAAGAUGAGAAGGUUUUGGAAUGGAGGGAUAGUAUAAAACAUGGUUGUAAUCCUGGGGAUGAUAGUAAUCUUUGGCCUCCUCAAACCAGGGACCAGGUCUUGGAGUAUCAAAAGUGGGCUAUACCACUUGCUAAAAAGUUGCUGGAGAUUCUAUUAAAAGGCCUUAAUGUCAAUGAAAAUAUUGAUGAAUCUUUGGAACCUCUAUUGAUGGGCACUAUGGCUAUCAACAUGAACUACUAUCCACCAUGCCCAAAUCCAAGCCUCACAAUCGGUUGUCGCAGACACUGCGACGUUUCUUGCAUUACUAUCCUCCUUCAGGAUGACACAGGAGGCCUUUUCGUCCGAGGAACCAAAGACAAUAACUGGAUCCAUGUAACUCCAGUUAGAGGAGCCUUGGCUGUUAAUAUUGGGGACUCGUUACAAAUUAUGAGCAACGAUCGAUACAAGAGUGUCGAGCACUGUGCAGCUGUCGAUUCGAGCAGGGCUAGAAUAUCUAUACCGUUUUUUGUGAAUCCUAGGCUUGAUACUGUCAUUGGUCCUUUCCCACAAGUUCUGGAAAAUGGAGAGAAACCAGUCUAUAAGCAAGUUCUGUUUUCUGAUUAUUGGGAGUAUUUCUUCAGUAAGCGCCCUUCGGGAAAAGCAUCACUUGAUUUUGCAAAAAUCUGAUGAUGUUACUAUUUGUUUGCAUUGGUCGAGAGAAGAGAGCUGCAUGUAUUUUUACAAUUGCACAACAUAUUCAUAUGCUUACAAAAAUACAAAUUGAAUUCUUCAUUUUUCUUGUACUACCUCAUCAGUUUGGAUUUAA